GCCCUAAAGCAUACUUGUUGUCGCCUUUUAUUGUUUGACCUGCUGGGCUAUAGAUCGAAUGCCCAAAAUUAUGGGCAAGGGUCUCAGAACCCUCAGAAUCCUGGAUACCCACCAUCUCCAGAGGGGCAGAAGCCAAUCAAUAACCCUGAAUACCCUCAGCAGCCUCAGCAGCCCAAAAAACCUCAGAACCCUCAAAAGCCUUUAGAGCCAUUUCACACUUGUGAAGUUGCAGAAAACUACAAGAUACCCUGCGGCACUAAUGAAAUCUCUGCUUCAGAAUGUGAUGCUAUAAACUGCUGCUUUGAUGGACGCAUGUGCUAUUAUGGCAAAUCUGUGACACUUCAGUGCACCAAGGAAGGCCUGUUCAUCGUGGUGGUGGCCAGAGAUGCAACUCUGCCCAACAUUGACUUGGAGACAGUUUCUUUCUAUGAGAAUGGUCACAGCUGCAAUCCAGUUGGCAGCACUUCAGCUUUUGCCAUCUAUGAGUUCCCUGUCACUGCCUGUGGUACAAUUGUAAAAGAGGAACCGGGUGUUCUAAUCUACGAGAACAGGAUGUCUUCCUUAUACCAAGUGAUUACUGGACCCCACGGAUCCAUUACCAGGGACACCUACUAUGAGCUGUUGUUCCAGUGCAGAUAUGUUGGCACCACAGUUGAGACUUUGGUUAUUGAUGUUGGUCUGGUUCCUCCGCCAAACUCAGUUGCAGCUGCUGGACCUGUGCGUGUAGAACUCAAGCUGGCCAACGGACAAUGUGUUGCCAAGGGUUGUGUUGAAGAAGAAGAAGUCUACACUUCCUUUUACACUGCUGCCAAAUACCCUGUCAGAAAGGUUUUGAGGGAUCCUGUUUACAUUGAGGUCUACUUGAUGGAGAGGACCGAUCCCAACCUUGUCUUAACUCUUGGAAGAUGUUGGGCAACCUCAGAUUCCUAUCCUCAUAGUCUUCCUCAGUGGGAUUUGCUGAUUGAUGGCUGCCCCUAUCGUGAUGACCGCUACCUAACAACCCUGCUUCCCAGACCCUCAUCAGGAUUCAAGUUUCCAAGCCACCACAACCGCUUUGUUUUCAAAAUGUUCCAUUUUGUAGGUGAAGGUAGUUCAACCCAGCCAGCAGCUAAAAAGCCAAACAUUAUGCCUCCUUUACAGGAAAAGCUGUACAUCCACUGUAACGUAGCUAUUUGCCAACCUACUCUUGGAAAUAACUGUGAACCCAGGUGCUUCAGAAAAAGGAGAGAAAUUGCUGGUUCUGUCAAGAAAGUCACAAGAGAAGAAACCACUGUGGUUAGCAGCCCAGGGCUUAUCUUUGUUGAAAGAAGUACAAAGUGACAACAUC